CACUUCAAGGACAUCCUCAAGGCCAACUUGAAAAAAUGCAACAUCAACAUCAACUCAUGGGAAACUAUCACCCAGGAUCGCCCCAAAUGGAGAAGCAGCCUGUUGCAAGGAUCUCCAUACUUGGAAAUCUUACAAUGACAACAGGAGACACACGUGGGAGCAGCAGAAACAGCAUGUCACAGACCAAACCAAGAAUCCAGAGCCACCCACCGUGUGCGCAAACACAUGCCCAAGUUGCAGUGGAGUGUGUGGAUCCCACAUUGGUCUCAUCAGCCAUCGUCGACCCACAGGUAACAAGAAGAGGAGAUGAUUUUGAUUUAGGGGAUCGAGCUUCUGAAAGUGAGAGAUCUUCUAAUUUGGAAAACAAGAUUACGAACAAAGACAAAAUAAUCCAUAAAUUGAAUUCAAAGAUUGAAGAACUGAAGAAGGAAAACUAUGAAUUAGAGCAACAUGUUAUGCAACUGCUUGAUACCAAGCAGGAUGUGGAGAGUCAGGUGGACAAUCUGACCAGUAAGAAUGAGUAUCUUUGUAAAGAACUGGUAGUAGUUGACAAAUUGGCUGAACAGCUGGAAAAAGAAAAAGAAUUAGUGUUGAAUACUGCCGACAAGGAACUUGAGGAAGCAAAGAUUCAAAUUCGACAACAGCAAAAUAAUAUCAGAAAGUUGGAACAUACAGUGGAAAUACUCAAUUCUAUUAUUUUAGAAACUGAAUCUGGUAAAAAACAAGGGGAGUCUCCUUCAAGACUUCAUACCUUUAUCAAGACAUUAGAGGAGGGCAAAGAUUAUUAUAAAAGUGAAGCUGAGAACGUGAGGAAGAUGUUCCGAAAUAGAUCAUCAAGUCCUAAGCACAAACCUACUUGUGGUAGCACAUCAAAACGUACUUCACCCAUCCAGGGCAUAAAUUCAGAUCCAGACGUCCUGAAACUCUUGAGAGAACGUGAAGAACUUAAGGCAAUGCUUGAAAAAUAUGAGCGCCACUUGUCAGAAAUUCUGGGUAACCUCAAGGUUUUAACAGCUGAGAGAGAUAAAUUUGUCAAUCUUUAUGAUCAGGCACAAGAAGAAAUAUCUAGACUUCGGCGAGAAGUUAUGAAAUCCCCCAAGACUUGUAAAACUACCAUGACAGCUCAAGCUAUCUUAAGACGUCUGGAGACAGAAAGGGAUACAGCUCUUUCUGACUUCCGAAGGAUGACCACAGAACGUGAUAGCCUCAGGGAGAGGAUAAAGAUUGCUCAGGAGACUGCUUUUAAUGAGAAGGCUCACCUGGAGCAGAGAAUUGAGGAGCUAGAAACAACAGUUCAAAAGCUUGACAGUGAACGUUUGGAACACAUAUCCAAGAUGGCACUGAUGAAAGAUACCAUAGAUUCUGUAGAAAUGGAGAUGAAAAUAUUGGCAAGAAGGGCACUGGAUUCAGAAAGUGAGCUCAGUAGACAAAAAGCAGAAUGUGCUUCACUCAGCUUAUUGAAUGAAAAGACAGAACAAAGCCUUUCAGAGACUCAGCAACACCUUGCUAAGAAAAAAUAUGAAUUACAGCUUACUCAGGAAAAAAUUAUGCGUUUGGAGGAAAAAAAUGAUAACUAUUCCAAACAAAAUGUUGCUAAACAAGAUGAAAUCUACGUUCUCAAAGAAACUAUUGCGCAGUUGGAUAGCGAAAAGGACUCCUUGCAAGACUUUAUAGAGGAAAAAUCAGAGAAAAUUGCUGCCUUUGAAAAGACCUUAGCAAUUAAAGAAAAGACCAUUUUAAGUUUGAAGGAAAUCGUUUCUGAGGUGGAGCAUUCAUCAAAACAGUCUGCUGAAAGUCUUUGUGCCUAUAAGGAAGAUAUCACCAGACUGCGUCAGCAACUAGAUGGAGCCAAUCAUGAAAUUGCUCAGACUAACAGAGACAGAGAAUCCUUAGCUAAAGAGAAUGACAGAUUGCAGGAUCAGCUUUAUAAUAUUAAGCAAGAAAAUCAGAUACACCACCAGAAACUUGUGAAGUACGAGAAUGAACUUGAUGAUAUGAAGUUGGAAGUCCAGGAUUCAAAUGCAACUAUUGCCAAACUGAAAACCACGCUAAAUUCUAAAGAGAGAGAAAAUCAUGAAAUUUUGGAGAGGUACCACAGAGCCAGCGAACAGGCAGAAAGCUGGGAAACAAAAUUCCUCCAAGCAGAGGCAGACUGUAAUUCUGUUAAACAGGCACUUCUUAUUGCAGAGUCUGAGAGUCACAGGACAAGAGAGAGAAUAGAAUCCCUUGAUAUAGAGAUGGAGCAACAUUUAGCAACAGAAAAAGCCUACAAGUCACAGAUUUCUACCUUAAGCAAGUCUCUUGUAAAAAUGGAAGAGGAACUUCAGAAUAUACAGCUGGAGAAAGUUUCUGUACUUGCAGAUCUUGCAUCUGCACGAGAAGUUUGCAUUAAAUUAGACUCUAGCAAAGAGCUAUUAAAUCGGCAACUAACCUCUGCAACACAGGAAGUGGAAAGGCUGCGAAAUGAAUGGGAAUCAUCUCGCUCUGAAAUAGAACUCCUUAGGAAACAGCUGGCAAAUGAAAGAAUCUCUAUGAAAAACCUAGAGUCUUUGCUGAUAUCCAAUCGAGAGAAAGAAUUUCAGGCACAGAUAAUAAAACAGGAAAAGGAGUCUGAGAUUCAGCUUCUUAAAGAGCAGCUUUCUCUAGCUGAAAAUAAACUUGCUAUGCAAAGUCGAGAAUUUGCCCAGCUCAGAAAUACAACAUCUCAAUUAGAGUCUGAUCUAGAUAUCACUAAAAGACAGCUGGGGACAGAGCGCUUUGAAAGGGAACGUGCUGUACAAGAACUUCGCCACCAAAAUCUUACUUCUAAUUACCAGUUAAAUUCUACAUUAAGGACAUCCUCACCUGAACACCCCCUCCAUAGGUGUCCUGAUUGGACCCUGGACCGGUCCUUGGAAGGGAAUUCUACAUUCAGAGACUUCUAAGGUUAUUCAAGAUGGCAUGUGAAAAGAUUCCACACAUCCUCUAAAAAGAUGGAAGUUUCAAAUUUAAUCAGGGUCUAUUAAACAUUUUCCCCUACUGAAUACUUACUGAUGUCAAAAUGCACUUGAGAUUCUUUUAUUUUGUUCAAUGGGAAGAAAUUAGGUAAUCUUUUAUUAUUUUGUGCUGUAUCACUAAGACACUUUGGAG